UGUGAAUUUAAAAUCAGUUUAAUUAUGCAUCUUUAGACUGUCAUUGCUUCGUAUAACUUAUUCUUGCUGGUGCGGGUUGUGUAUUUUUGAAGCUUGUCCUUUGAUUUUUCACCUCAGCACAAUUUCGCUUGCGUCGUGACGAUUCUCUGUUGUAAAUAUUUCCAAAAUGGCAUCCCUUUCUCAUUGGAAAAAAUAGAAAACAAAAUUUCCCUUUAUAUGAUAAAAAAACACAAAAGCUUUCAUAUUAUUAUUCUUAUCAUAUCAUAUCAAGAUACCGUUAAAUGAGCGAAGCAGACCGACUUUCAGAUAUUAAUGCCACUUUUCAAUGUAUUCAGACACUCUUUGACAAAGCAGACACCGAUGACGAAGAUCCAAUGUUGUUUGAGCUUGAAUCAAAAGACUCAGGUUUUAAUGAACGCGAAGAGUUUGAAAGGAGACUUUUUAUGAAUUCGAAACAAACAAAUAGUAACGUUCUCAAUGCUAGUACAUCGAAAUCACCGUUUAAUGCCGACUAUCCUGGACGUUCACCAGACGUACUAGAGGAAGCUUAUCCUAGAAGGGUGAAACGGAAAGUCAUGGAAUCCCCAAGUCCCACAGACCGUGCUGCGGGUCUAGUCGAUAUAAAAUCGUCACCUGUGGAUAAAGGGACAAUGGCUUCAUCAUCUUCCUCUUAUGGAUUAAUCACGCCUUUGAAUGGAUUUACAACGCCAACUGACUAUUCGCGAACAAUAGGUUCGACAGGCAGCUUCACCGGUUCGUUGAAGAGAGAAGGCAUUGAUACCCAUAGUUUGGAACAUAAUGUAUCCAACUUACAUAUCAGUACAAACAGUGCAAUAAAGGUUUGGAAUGAUGAAAUUUUUGGUCGUAGCAGAAUAUUCAUAUUGAUGAUGAAUGUUUUCUUUUACUAUAGAAGGAGUUCACGUCUCCUUAUUUGUUCAGACAAGAAGAUAAUGCAUCACCACAUGCGGCAAAGCAUGACGAAAAGAACUUCAAAUUCAAUAUACCCCACUCACCAUACCAACCAUUACAAUCUGGAGUAUCAACGUCUGUAGCAACGCAUUCGCGCAGGAGAAGAAGUAGUAGCAGUCAGCAUAAUAUGAAUAUAUCACCGCCUUCUUUCAGUAACUAUCAUAAAAACGACAUGCAUAAUAUCAGACUAGGCGAGCCAAAAUUAGGAGACACAGUUCUGAUUAAUGGUCACGAAUUUGUUAUUCUGAAAGAAGUUGGAAAAGGAAGUUCUGGUAGGGUGUUCCAGGCUUUAUCGAACCGAUAUCAUGAAAUAUUUGCGUUGAAGUGGAUAGAAAUAAAGCGAGACGAUGACAG